AUGCCGAAGACGAUUCAGAUAACUCGACAAAACGACUCGAACUGCAACGAAGCCCCGUCGGUCACUCAGGGCACACGCCUGACAACACAAACAAAGCUUACUUCGGGCCCCAAGAACGAUAACCCUGGCAGGAAUAAAAUCCCGGACAGUCUACCUCAGAUACACAACGCCAUGCGGAUACACAAUGAAUUAAAUUUCCAAUCCAAAUAUGAUACUGCUCCCCAUGAUUCUACUCCAGUUUGUCGUGCACUUCCUCGUCCAAGAAAUGCUGGUGCACCUUUGCCUGAAAACACCGGGGGCUCUGCGAGGGAGAGGAGACUUGAUCCCCCACCGCCUCUCGCUGACCCCGAGGACGCCCUAUACCUCGAGCCCAGAAAGGUCGUGAAAGUAGAAGAGGCGACGGAUUACGCCAACCUGAACCCAGACAUCUCGAGCUUCCAAGCUGAAGGAAUUCUGAACAGGCUGAUUGAUUCCGUGGCAGCACAGAAGCUGUUCUUGAGUGUCCCCGUGCAGCGAGAGGAAAUGUACAACUGUAACAAGUAUCCUGAAAACUUGCUGAAAAAUUGGUCUAAAACCCUUCUACCUUAUGACAAGACAAGAGUUGUGUUGUCUCCACUCUUCAAGUUGGCUUCCUCUGACUACAUCAACGCAAGCCACGUUAAGGGCUUCGGUGGAAGCCUGAGAUACGUGGCCGCCCAGGGCCCCCUCGAGCACACCGUCACGGAUUUCUGGCGGAUGGCGUGGGAGCUGCGUGUGUCUGUAAUCAUCAUGCUUGCCAAGUUUGAUGAAACGUCGGAGAUGUACCCUCAGUGUCAACUUGCCACAUACUUAAGGGUCGGUCCGCCACUGAAAGGGAAUGGAUACACUAUCACGGCCCUCAGAUCACGCCUGGAAAAGAAUUUCUCUGUUACAACUGUUAAGAUUGAGCAUGACGGAUCCACGCGCACCCUGGAGCAUUACCAUCACUCUGGCUGGGACAAAAACACACUGGACGUUCCAAGGAACCUGGCUGCCAUGCUUCAGUGUUUCCUUACCAGACAUAAUGAAGGUUUAGGUGAAGUGGUGAUUCACUGCACCGACGGCCUGAGACGAACCAGCGUAGUGCUGUUGGCAUUACUGAUGAUGGAGUCGAUCCUUAGCGAGGGGUGUUUGAGGAUCAAGGAGGCGCUCUCGAAAGUGCGGAAAUGCCGGCCUGGAAUGGUCUCGAAGCAGGAGGACUUCAACCUUGCCCUGGAAAUUGUGGACGAGCUUCUGCAUGGCACUGCUACUGCCUGCGUGGCCGAUGAUUUCAACAGGAAUUUAUCAAAAAAAUCACAGAGUUCGCAGGCGCUGUUCAGGAAGGCCCACGUGCUCGAGUCCAUCUCGGUAUCCGAGGCAGCCCAGCGGUAUCCUGCUUGCCUCGCCUUGCACCGAUUUCCGAGCAUCAUCCCGCUGGACACCCGUCGAGUGGUUCUUCAGAGCGAGGAUCAGGUCGCCGACGAGAACCUCCAUGACGCUGACAGACACAAAGAGGAGCAUGAUAAAGAAGGUCUCCAACAGGAAAAAGGGGCCGUGUGA